UACUGUUGUGUGUGUUUUAUAAUUUAGUACAAAAAAAUCUCGUGCUACACGCACAACACAAGUGCAAUACGAAGAAUUGGUGAAAUACAUGGAGUCUCAUUCAGAGUUCGCUGCAGGAAAGUUUUUGGGUAAAGAGGGUAAACUUCAUUAUGCUCAACAAUGGGAAAGAUUAACAGAAAUUUUAAAUUCAUUAAGUACGGGACCCGGAAAGACUACCAAGCAAUGGCAAACGGUAUGGAGAGAUUUGAAGAGCAAUGCAUCAAAAAAAGCAGCAAAAAUACGUUAUGAAAGAAAUCGGACGGGAAAUUUCCCAAUGCAAUCACAAAUGUUAGACGAUUUAGAACAACGUAUCAUCGCGUGUAUAGGUUUAGACUACGUGCAAGGUUCUCAAACUUGUCCUGAUAGUACACCAGAGGAAGAGAAUUAUCAACUUGAAUUGGAAAAAGGGAACGAAGAAGUUCUUUAUUAUCCACCGCAAGUAUCCUCUAUUGCUGACGUUUUACCGAGAAACGAUGAUACAAACAAUGAUGAUAAUCAAGUACAUGAAGAAAAUAUGACAUUUGAAGAUAUAAUAACACUGGAUAAUUAUCAAGAAACAAACGAUAAUAUCGAAAAUGUAACGUUUGAUGAUGUCAGACAUACAUUUGAAGAUAAUGUUCAGGCUAACACAAGUAAAUCUAAAGGAAAAAAUAAAACUCAUAGUUUAAAAGCAUCACGAAAUAAAGAAAUAGUUCCACAAACAAAUUAUGGUCGAAAAAACAGACAACGGAUCAGUGCACAGCUUCAUGAAGCGCGUGAAAAAUUUACAGAGAUAGCUAAAAACCACGCAACAGCUUUACAAAAGACUAUGGACAACAAGUACAAUGAUGCUUCGAUGAAGCAGGCUGAAGCUGCAUUAUUAACUGCACAAAACGAUGAAAAGCGUAUUGCUUUAGAGGAACGUGCUUUAGAGGAACGAGUAAAACUCGAAGAACGAAGAAUUUUUCAAGAUGAACGGAAUAUGAAAAUCAUUGAAAACAUGCAAAACUUAUAUGCUAAGCUAUUAAAUAAAUAA